AUGUCUGUAUUUAUCAAAAGAUUAAACAUCGUAUCCUCACUUUCUUCUGUGGAAUACGCUAAUAUUAAAAAUAUUAAUAAAUUAACUGGUCGCGUAAAAUCUUUUUACUUUAAAAGAGAAUAUUUAACAUCUAGUAAUAAGGAUGAAGGAAUUUUAGUAGAGCAAAACGAGGAGGAUUGUAGAAUAAAAAAACGGCUAUCGAAUAAAAAACGCGAGCAUAUACGAUAUUUGGCUCGUAUGGAAUUUUGGAAGAAUAAUUAUGAAACGCCAAAUUUUCACUUGUUAAAAGAAUUCCCAUUAUGGUUAAAAGGACAUAAUUUGAUUAAAUUUACAUCAUGUUUUGAAGGAAUGAAGAUUAGAGACGCAAUAGCAAUGGAUGAGAAUCAACUGGCACAAAUAGGUAUUCAUAGAAAUGCCGCAAGAAAGAUUCUUGUUGAUGCUUUUGGAAAGAUUAAUAAAUGUUUGGAUGACCCGUCUAGUUCGCAUAGAAUUGACAACAUUGAUGAAGUUUUGGAUACUGUUAUUAAA